GUUUGGUUUACGUAAUGCUGGUGCAACAUAUCAGAGGGCUAUGAAUGCCAUCUUCCACGACCUCUUAGGUAAAACUAUGGAGGUUUAUAUUGAUGAUGUUGUUGUAAAAUCAAAACUAAUGAAAGAUCAUUUGAAAAAUCUAGAGGAAGCAUUUAGGAGGAUGAGAGUUCACUGUUUAAAACUCAAUCCUCUGAAAUGCGCCUUUGGUGUAAAAGCUGGAAAUUUUUUGGGGUUUUUGGUCCAUGAAAGAGGCAUUGAAGUGGACCAAAACAAAACCAAAGCUAUUCGAGAAGCUAAACCGCCUAGAAAUAAAACAGAACUUCAGAGGUUUCUUGGGCAGGUUAAUUACUUAAGGAGAUUUAUAUCUAAUCUUGCAGGAAAAACAAAAGUGUUCUCAGAACUGUUGAAAUUAAAAAAGGAGGAUGUCUUCAGAUGGGAAACCAUCCAUCAAGAGGCUUUUGAUGAAAUUAAAGAUUAUCUAAUGAAGCCUCCUGUAUUGAUGCCUCCCAAAAAGGGUAUACCUCUGAGGUUGUACAUUUCAGCAGCCGAAGGUUCAAUUGGGUGUCUGCUAGCCCAGAGCAACCAAGAUGGACAUGAACAGGCUAUUUAUUAUUUGAGCCGUUCGAUGACAUCUACAGAGUUAAUAGAGAGUUUUGAAGAGGUUGAAUUAGUACAUGUUCCUAGAGAGGAAAAUUGGGAGGCCGAUGAAUUAUCACAGCUAGCAUCUGGCCUACGUCUGUCGGAGGAGUUAACUCACCGACUAGUAAUGGUACAAAGAAAAACUCACCCUUCAAUUUUUAAAAGAGGAGUACAACUAGAUAUUUUCAAUAUUGAUGAUAACUUAGUACAGGAUUGGAGGAGAGACAUUAAAAAGUACCUGGAGAAUCCUAGCAAGAAGAUGAUGUAUAAAGUAAGAGUGAGAGCUGUUAACUACGUGCUCAUAGAAGAUGUUUUAUACAGAAGAGGAUUCGACAACCUAUUGCUAAGAUGCCUUGGAACUACAGAGGCACUAGAGGUCAUGAAACAAACUCAUGAAGGAGUUUGUGGAGCACAUCAAUCCGGAGUGAAAAUGAGAUGGCUGAUCCGAAGACAUGGUUACUUCUGGCCAUCAAUCCUAAAAGAUUGCAUGACUUUUGCAAAGGGUUGUCAAUCGUGCCAAAGGUAUGGAAACAUACAAAGACUUCCAGCUGCUGAGUUGAAGUCUGUCAUCAAACCAUGGCCAUUCAGAGGUUGGGCCAUAGAUUUGAUAGGUAAAAUAUAUCCUCCAUCUUCUAAAAAUCACAGUUUCAUAAUUGUAGCUACUGAUUACUUUACCAAAUGGGUAGUCGCUAAGCCAUUGGUAAAGACAGAGCAAAAAGAUGUUAUUAAAUUUAUUAAAGAGGAAAUUAUUCAUCAAUUUGGAAUUCCACAAUCAGUAACUACUGACCAGGGCACAAUGUUCACUGGUAAGGAGAUGCAAGAAUUUGCCACUGAUUAUGGAAUAAAAUUAUUGACCUCUACACCUUAUUAUGCUCAGGCCAAUGGCCAAGCUGAAUCUUCUAAUAAAAUUAUCAUCAACAUAGUUCAAAAAAUGUUGGAAGAAAAUCCAAAGGAUUGGCAUCGGAUUUUAUCAGAAGCACUCUGGGCAUAUCGCACCUCUAGGCGAAAUGCUACAGGAGUAAGUCCAUUUAUGCUAACCUAUGGUCAUGAUGCAGUGUUACCCAUGGAGGUGGUGGUGAGGUCAUUGAGAGUAGCUAAGCAGAAUCAUUUGACUCCAGAAGAUUACAAUGAAACCAUGAUGAUGGAGUUAGAAAAUCUAGAAGAAGGGAGACUUCAGGCUUUAAACAAUAUGAUAAUACAGAAGAAAAAAGUCUCCAGAAGCUACAACAAGAAAGUUAGACCUAAGACAUUUCAAGAAGAUGAGCUAGUAUGGAAGUUGAUCUUACCCCCUGGUACUAAAGAUAGAGAAUAUGGGAAAUGGUCUACUAAUUGGGAAGGGCCAUUCUUAGUCCACAAGGUGAUGAAGGGGAAUGCGUACUGGCUAUCAAGUUUAGAGGGUGAGCCUCAUAGAAAAUUUAUUAAUGGAAAGUACUUGAAGAAAUACACUCCCACCAUCUGGGAGAAAUACAACUUAGAAAUGACUUAAUGGCUUUUAGCCAUACAUGUACUGCAGAUUAUGUAACUUGUUUUAGCAAUAUCAGUACAUGAGUCGGAACAUUGUGGCUUUUUAGCCGAGUGUAUUAUCAGAUUUUUAGUAGUUUGGCUAUUUUGGCUAAACCUGUACUUUUUCAUUAACUUAUGGAUUUUGGCACAAGAUGUAAUGUAAUGGCUUUUAGCCAUUUUUGAUAAUUAAAAUUCUAAAUUUGGCUACUUUAGCUAAAUUGGUGAGGCUAUAAUUAAUCGACUAUAGAAAAUUAAUUCCAGAAGUUGGUUCUAGAAGUCGACUCCUAAAAGUUGAUUCCUAGAAGUUCUAGAAGCUGACUUCUAAAA